AUGAAGCUUACGGAGGCUCAGCUAGCCAUUGACGCAAAAAAAUACUCUAAGAAGGCAAUUUCCAAUGCAGACAGGGCCCACUUUGCUGAUUUCUAUCAUCAGCAGCAAAAGGAGCUAUGUAUCCAAGCAAUUGAGGGCCAACGCAAAGUAAUCAAGAAGCCAACCCGAUUCAAUCACUUCAUGACAACCAAGUUGGCACGAAAAGUAUUCCGUGGUCCUCGAAAGGGGGUGAAGCACAAAGGUGUUAUGAAAGAUGUGUCUGCGUUGUGGAAUAAACUCUCUCCUGAGGAACAGGCUGCCUACCAAAAUGGAAAACCGCAAACAAGGCCAAAUGGAGAUACUCGGCCUACCGAUGAUGACGACAAAGAGUCGGAGGAGGGUGGGACUCGUAAGAUGAUUUCUUUCAAGCAGGUAGCCAACAAGGUCGAGAACUUCAUGGAUGAUUGCAUGAGCAAGGCAGCUCACAUUGCCAAGACUUCUAACUGUGAGAUGAUCAUGUUUGCUGUCUCUCGGCAUCUUGCGGCGCACUCCUUCCAAUUUGGUAAAGCCACCCACGGUGCACCCAAAUUUCUUGCCUCAGCAGCUCAUCUUGAUGGCACAAAGCACUACCCGGCUUGCAUGCAGUCAUAUUUGACUGGUUAUGAAGUUGCUGAAAUUGCCGAGCUGGCGCGAUCUAAACGAGGUCCGCCCAAAUACCGACCUGUCUUGAUUCCCAAGUGUUUGUCCGACUUGGUUGCUGAGAAGACGGACAGUGUCAUACUCCGAUGGCCCUGGACUGCGACCGACUGGAAACUUGCCAAGAUCAAGUUUAAAAUUAAACUUCUACCAGGAGCAAGGACUCAGAUCAAGUGGCUCAAACAACAAAGUAGGAACAUGCUUGCAAUUGUGAAAGCUGCAAUACACCUUGAUCUUGACAGAAAACUCAUUGACAUUGUGUAUGACCCAUCCAUACCUGUUGGCAUCACUGAACACGAGUUCUAUGGAACAACCCCUCCUCAAUCUCGUCACUCGCCCUCCCCUUUGCCUUCCCCCUUGCUAUCUUGA